AUGCAAUCGCCGGUGCUCAUGACACUGCUGCCGGGCUCGGACAAGAAUUAUCCAAAUCUAUCCGGAGAUAGCCGCCUUAUGAGCAACAUUGUGUACAUUGAUGAGUCCGGCAGGUUCAGCCCUACCCACCCAAAACUACUCGAAAAGAACACCUCUGUCUUUCCUAGCGGUCCUGACGCCCAGUGGGCUAUUGGGCGAGACCAUGGACAAAAGUUAACGAUCACGCCUAUUUAUGGCCUUCCUCGUUUACCUCAAACGUCCGACUCUAUGCUGCAAAACUCGUCCUCUGGGAUUUACCCACCUGCUCAAUAUCACGCCGACAUGCCCACAGACAUCAAAGCUUAUCGUCUUCUUUUACACUCCAAGUCCUGUGAUGAACUUGACGUUGCUCUCGUUAAUAAAAGCAAUCAAGUUACUGAAAAUAGGCCAGAACUCUCGCUUUCAGACACAACCAGUGCCCACACGCAAAAUGUCCCCAGAGAGAAUAGUACCUACAAUGUGGUCGCCCGCCUAAUAAAAAAUCAGAUCUCAAAGAUUUCACACCCGUCAGGUGCGGAAACUGGAUACCAGACACCGAACGCGACGGUCUUCCCUGACGAAUACACACCCAUGAUUCCAACUACGCAGACGGUUCACACCAGCACGGCACAGAAUGCAUUUAAAAUUGACUGUGAUGGUGGGGCUGCUGGGAGGCAAGGGAGCCCCAGACAGCCUAACCAGCGUAACUGCGAAACGACUAGUUUCGUCUAA